AUGUUAGUGUCAAAAGGCAAUUUCACUAUCAACUUACCGACGCACCCGCUCUGCCUCACCCUUGGUGGUGAUCAAAACCACUUCGUCGUACAAUUCAAUGCCUUCUUCGUAUCUCAAAAGACCUGGAAUCAUCAACUUGGCUCCGUAACAAACAGAGUUCACAGCAGAGUCCUUCACAACAAGUCUCUUGUAGCCAACAAGCAAAGUCUCCAAAGGAGAAAUGAUCUUUCUCAGGUAGCUCUCGUCUCUAGAGUUGUCGUAAAGCCAUUGAGCGUCCAUGACAUCGUGCAAAGUCACAAGGUUGUCAUUUUCAGAAAGCGCACCAGAACGAACUCUUCUAAGCUCUUGCAUGUGUCCUCCAACUCCCAAAAGCAUACCAAGAUGCACACACAAAGUUCUCAUAUAGGUACCAGCCUCGCAGGAAGCCCAGAAAACACCCAAACCACGCUUGUUGUCGAACUCAAAGAGCUUCGAGUCGUAAAUGGUUCUCACUCUCAACUGUCUCUUGACAGCAGAAAUCAAAGGAGGUCUUUGGAACAGUGCACCGGUCAGACAAUCAAACAGCCAGUGACCUUUGGAUCAAGGGUUCCCGAAUGUCCUGUCUUCUCGGUUCUCAAGAUUCUCUUCACCCAGGCAACAACCUCGUGCGAGGAAGGAUUCGAUGGCUUGUCCAAGUUGAUCACACCCGAAGAAAUGUAG